AUGAAAUACAUGGAAAAUAGAAACAAUGUAACAGAAUUUGUUCUAUUGGGGCUUACAGAGAAUCCAGAAAUGCAGAAAGUCGUAUUUGCUGUGUUUCUUGUCAUCUACAUCACUGCUGUGGUAGGAAAUGUGGUCAUUGUGGUCGCCAUCAUUUCCAGUCCAUUGCUGGGUUCCCCCAUGUACUAUUUCCUGGCCUAUCUCUCCUUUAUAGAUGCCUGUUAUUCCUCUGUCAAUACUCCAAAACUGAUCAUAGACUCACUCCAUGAAAAGAAGACCAUUCUAUUCAGUGAAUGUAUGACACAAGUGUUUUGGGAACAUUCCUUGGGAGCUUCUGAGAUCAUCCUGCUUACUGUAAUGGCCUAUGAUCGUUAUGUGGCCAUUUGUAAGCCCUUGCACUAUACAACCAUCAUGAACUGGCGGUUGUGUGGUCUGCUCGUGGGAGUGGUAUGGGUGGGAGGUUUUCUUCAUGCAACUAUACAGAUUCUCUUCAUGUAUCGAUUGCCCUUCUGUGGUCCUAACAUCAUAGAUCACUUCAUGUGUGAUCUGAACCCUUUACUCAAUCUUGCCUGCACUGACACCCACACUCUAGGGUUUUUUGUAGCUGCUAACAGUGGGUUCAACUGCCUGUUAAACUUCAUCCUCUUGCUGGUCUCGUACAUGGUCAUCCUGAGUUCCCUAAAGAACCACAGCUUGGAGGGGAGGCGCAAAGCCCUGUCCACCUGUGUCUCCCACAUCUCAGUGGUCAUCUUAUUCUUUGUGCCUUGCAUAUUUGUGUACAUGAGACCUCCAACUACUCUACCCAUUGACAAAGCUGUUGCUGUAUUCUACACUGUCAUAACUCCCAUGUUAAAUCCCUUGAUUUAUACCUUAAGAAAUGACCAAAUGAAAAAUGCUAUCAGGAAAUUGUGCAGUAGGAAAGCUGUUUCAGGUUACAAAUAA